AUGACCAGUAGACAUACUCGGAGCAACGCACAAGGACCAUUGCAUCAGCUCACCAACGAAGAACUAGCGAGAUUAGAACGUCAGAACCGUCAACUGCCUAGACCUACAAACACCAACAUGGGUGAUCAUCAGGAUGAUCUUACUGCUGCAUUUGCACUCAUGCAACAACAGAUGCAGCAGAUGCAGCAAACUAUCCAAGCGAACGCUGCAAACCAACGGAAUGCACCGGAGGAAGUUGAUCAGAUUGGCCAAAGGAAUCUAUUGCGUAAUCUACCUGCUACGCGAUCCGCCAUCAACCCUCCACCUUGCACUAGACAAGACUUUGAGAUCAAGCCCGCCUUGAUAGGUCUGGUGCAGAGGAAGAUCUUCAACGGACUUCCUGCAGAAAUACCGAUGGACCACAUUGAAAACUUUGAGAAGAUGUGUGGGUUCACUAAGGCGAAUGGAGUACCACCAGAUUACAUCAAGUGUACCUUGUUCCCUUUCUCUCUCGAUGGGAAGGCUGCUCGCUGGCUAGAUUCCCUACCAACUGGAUCGCUCACCACGUGGGAACAAGUCAGAUCCGCUUUCUUGAGCCACUUCUACACAAAAUCAAAGACGGCAGCUCUGAGACAGAAGAUCGCCACCUUUAAACAGCUGGUAGAUGAGCCGUUCUGCGACGCAUGGGAGCGAUUCAACGUCUACCGCAGAGAGUGCCCACAUCACGGUUUCGAAGAAGAUUAUCUACUCGGAGUUUUCUACGAUGGAGUAGGUUGGGAGUACAGGAACGCUUUAAACUCAGCCAGUAAUGGAGAUUUCAUGACCCAAUCUACUCAAGGCGCUUUCGCGUUAAUUGAAAACAUGGCCUCAAGCUCAGCUGACAGCAACCGAGAGACUGAUCGCACCCAAAAGGUGAACAGCAUCGACAAUAACAAAAUAGAUGAGCUCUUUGCCAAGGUCGAUCAGCUGAUUAAGAGUAAUCAGAACCAUGUCUUCAUCAUGGAAGAGUCUCCUCAGAAUAAAGGAACCACAGACACUACAUCAGAAGCGGACCAGGCGACUGAGGACCACCAUGAGGUUAGCUAUGUGAAUGGGCAAGGAUGGCAGUUUAAGAACUAUCACCCGAACCCUAACGUGAGGAACAACCCCCACCUGUUCAACAACCCUAAACCCGAUGGUAACGCAGAAAAUGCUCAAGGCAAUCAGGUUCAGAACAGUGGCUACCAACGGGGGUAUGGAAAUCAAGGAAGAACCUUCGUCCUCAGCCCAGCUCAGAAUACUCAGUUCCACAACCAGAAACAACCGACUAACCAGCAGCCUGCACAGCCUGCUCAAACUGCUCCACAGGACGAGAUGAAGAGUCUCGCCAAUAUGAUGAGCCAACUGCUCCAAGGACAGCAGAUUCAAGGAAAAGCACUGAACCAGGUCACAAACGACAUCAAACCCGAAUGA